CCCCACCUCCAGUGCGUUGUAACCCAGGGCAACUGUCGCCCUCGCCCGCCGCCGGCGAAGACUAAGCUGCCGGGGGUGGGGGCUUUCCACCGCCCUGGCCCCACAUGUGAGGGUGUGAGUGGCGGCGGCCGCUUCCCCGCCCCGAGAGCAAGGCCCCAUCCCACUUCACGCGCAGCAGAGCGAGAGCCCCGCCGAGUAAGAGAAGCAGCUGCCCUGUGAGCCGGGGAUGCAAAAGGGAGAGGAAAAGACCACCAAUAUUGUUUUAGUUGUGAAGUAUCUUGAUCCAGCUUGCUUGAAGAUACCAGGGUUCUGGAGGAGCAAUCCGAUCUCAUUCAUUUCCUCUGAUGUCAUACUGGAAAGAUUAGGAUGUCCAAAGAUAUUUGACCUUUCAUCGGUAAAUGGAAUUUUAUUGCCAUCUAAAUGCCACUCUAAGCCUAAAUAAAUAAGCUGAAAUGGAAGAAGAUGUUAAAAACUUUAAGCAACCAUCAGAGUAAUCACAGUAAUGGAUCUCUGUCAGAAAAAGGAGACGGAGUUAGAAAAUAGUGAAAAUAAUGAAAUUCCAAGCACAGAAGAAACUGAAUUAAAGUGUACUUAUUCAGAUGAAAGAAGGGAAAAGAAUCAUGUUUGUUGUCUUCUCAAUAUCAGUGACAUCACGCUUGAACAAGAUGAAAAAGCCAACAAGUUUGUUAUCGAAACUGGAUGGGAAGAAGCAGUUCGAGGUUGGGGAAAGACUUCUCCAACUGCUUGCAUUUGGCCCAGAAAGAAACGUAAAAAGGCAAAGGUGGGAGAAAGUGUCAGAGGCUGCUUACUCUGUGUCAGUCUCUCCCAAGGGAUCCCUGAGACCGGGCCUCAGACCGAGGCUCGAAGGUUGGAGUCAAGGGCUCUGGCUGAGCCAGGCUCAGAGCAGGAUCGAGGUGGCUCCUCCCAGACUCAGAGCCCCACUGGCUGCCCCACCACUGCCUCCAGGAAUAUUAGCAAGAUGUGCUCUCCCUCCCACAGUCAGGGAGAUAAAAAAGGUCUGCAAAUAAAGGAGUUUCUUUGGUGCAUGGAAGAGUGGGCCGUCCCCGAGACUGUUAGGGGCCAAGACUCCAACAGCGGUACUGACCAAGGUCCCUCCAUCUCAAACUCAUUGAAUUCUAAGGCCCUGUUAGUUCUCCCUCCUCUGAAUUCUUCAGCCCCAAAUGGCUUGGAUGUUCAGGGUAAGAAGAGUAAGAGCUUUCUCUUGCAGCCAGAAGAGAAGGUGCUGAGUGUGGAAAAGGAUGAGUGUGUGGCUUGUGCAUAUGGAUUGAAAAUAGUUGAAGGGAAAGAUGGAAAGAGACCCUUUGAGCUGGCCAAGCACCUUAAGGUCAACUGCAUGCAGCCUUUUCCUCCACCAAUGGUUGGGACAUCCCUGCUGGCCAAUCCAGAGCUGGGCUGCCUGCAUUGGUCCCUCCUGCCUAAGAAAAACCUGAGGUGCCCUCCCAAUCCCAAUAGUGUUCACUGUCUCAGCACUGUGCAGCUUUUGCAAAAACAGAGAGAGCAAAGCUACAAAGCCAGAUUCAAAGCCAGGGAGCUGAGGCCUCCCAUGAACACCCAAAAGUGCAUUCUCAAGGAGGCCAAGCAGGAAAACAGGCCCCAUCCACUGGAGACCAAUGUGUUCCCAAGACCUUUCUUGCCAUCCCUCAAAGUGAGCAGAGUUGUUAUUCCCGUCUCCACUCACAGAUUCCUCUGAAUUGCCACAAUAUAAUUUCCUGGGAAUAAGCACCUUUGGAAACUCAUUCAUUCUCUGUCUCCCCUGUCCCCACCCCAUUCUCUUCUUGUUUCUUCCUCUCCCUCCCCUCCCUUCCCCUUUUCUUUUCCAUCCUUUUCUCUCCCUCCUUGCCUUCUUCUCUGUCCAUUUUUUUUUUUUUUGGUAGUAGAACCAGAGGAAAUAAACUCAUUGUAUGGAUUUUGA